GUUGUCGUUCGUUAACUUCCGUAUUCUGUUCUCGGCUGGUUCCGUGACGUUGACGUCAUGACGUCACAAUUCACCCAUAGGAACAGAAACUAUGAAACUCUAUCACAUUAUCCCGUAAACUGAACAAUAUAAUGGAAAAAUCUUCAGACGGAUUAACGAUAUCAGAUGGGAAUUCAUAUCGUGCAAGGCCUAGUACAGAUCGUUUACUGUCUUCAUCAGCUGGUCCCGGGAAGGGAUCGAAGACACCCUCAUUCCCUUCGACAUCUUCCCAAGCUGUGCCUUUACCUGGUUCAGAGAGUUCCAGUCGAGAAUGCAUUAAAGAGCUCGUGCGUGGCAUCAAACGGAAAUUUGAAUCAUACAAAAACGAGGCACACAUUCGCAAACGACAAAAGACAUAUCAUUACUCGUAUACUGUACGUUCUCGUGGCGUAAAACGUAAAUAUGCUUCCGACCAUUUAGAGCAACCAAGGAAAAGGUUCAAAGCCACUACAUCGGAUGAUAUUGAGCAACCUGAAAUUGAAAAUAAAUCGUCAGAUAAUGGAUGCAAUAGCUGCCUGAAUGUUGACAGCUAUGUUGCGUGCUCUGAUUCUUCGGAAUCAGAAGACAUUUCAAAUUCGCUACCGGAAGCGGGGUCUUCAAAAGAUGUAUCAUUAGAGGAGCCAUGUGACGCACAAAACGAGCAAGCAGAUGACGGGAAAUCAUGUCCUGUGUCAUGCGUUUGUAAGGUUGGCCACAGUAGGUUGCCCGCGCCGAUUGAACGCUACUUUGAAACUGCGGUACCCUUGUAUAAGUGUUUGCUUAUGCGCCGCCUUCAUAGCCCAUCAAAUAGGCAAUACGCAUGCUGUGAGACCUGUUGUGCAAGACGAAACAUUCAACAAAGGAUCAUGCGCGUUGCUUUGUACCAUAUGACCGAGGACUAUGACCAAUCAGAUCUACGUGUCACCAGAUACUCGUGGGGCGAAUGGAGGGAGUGAGGAGACAGCCAGUUAUCUUAAACUUGCAAUUGUUAUCUGUGAUUACACUUUUUGAUAAGUAUUAAGUACAAAUUAGCAAAACCAUAAACUAAAACUUUAAUCACAUUUAAGGAUAGAAAAUGAUUAUUUAAUCAGUAUUGAUGACAAAAUGUCGAACAGAAUAUUAUUUCUUAUAACAGAAACAUUCGUGAAUAAUUGUUAUGGCAUGAACACUUCAUUUGCAUAUCAUGAUACUACUAGGAUAUUAUCAUCAUGCACUCUACAUUGCAGCGUAACAAACGUUGCUACGUGUUAAAACUUCACCAUAUUCAGAGUCAAUAAAUGUUAAUAACGUAA